AUGACGUCUAGAAUACCACUGGCAACUGCCCCGGCCAACGCUUCCAACGGUCUAGUCUCCCAUCUCGAGAACCAAGCUAAAGAAGAAGAGGACGAAGGCAUUCCUGGUGUUGGUGGAGGAGGCAGUCGACCUACGUCGAACGAACCUCCGUUCUUUGGUGGUCAGAAGAGUGAGGAACCUCAAGCCCAGGACCAAGGCGAGGGCCAAAGGCAGGAUGAAGAAGAGGAAGAAGAGGAAGUCGAAGAGGAGGAGGAUAGCGAUGAUGACAUUGAAAUCGUAAUGGAGGCGCCGUCAAGGACGCUUGACUUACGGCCGAACAGACAAACCCGAGUGCCAAGUGGACCUAUCCCUACUGGCCCAAAAGCUCAACAUCUCCAGUCAACACUAACAACCGAGUAUACACCAAUAGCACGAGGCGCUCCAACACCAAACCAAGCGCAGCACGGUCCACCCGGACUCGGUUCCUUGCCGCAACAACAACAAGCCACGCCUUCUCGUCAAACAUCCCCUCUCCAACCACAGUUAACGGGUGCCUCCACCGCUGACCCUCAGUCCCAAUCUCAACAAACCCAACAAACUCAAGGGCAAGGGCAGGAAGGUGGUGAAAUCCCUGACGACGGCGUCGACACCUCCACGCUCCCGCCGGUCAAAGCACCCCCGUCCCAUCCAUCCAUCGACCCCACCGAAACGGGCGUCUACAAUGCCCAGUCCAUAUUCGAGUUUGACUUAAACGCGUUGGCGGACAAACCCUGGCGUCGACCUGGUUCGGAUAUUAGUGAUUGGUUCAACUACGGGUUCGAUGAGAUCUCUUGGGAGGCGUAUUGCUAUCGUAGACGAGAUUUGGGCGAUUUGGGGUUGGUUUUGAAGACAAGUAUUCUGAACUUCUCCGGAAUGCCAGAAGACCAAUUCAAUGCUCUCCCACCUGACGUUCGAACGAUGGUCAUGUCCAGCGCGAGCGGGCUUAUGAACACCCAAGCACAAGCGUCAGGAAUACUACCCGGACCAGGACCGGGGGGUAUGAUGAUGGAUAUGGCGGGUAUGGUUGGACCUAUGGGUAUGGGGGGUAUGAACGUUGGCGCUGAAAUGGGUGGUAUGGGUGCGGGAGGGAUGGGAGGCGGUAUGAUGGCACCUGGCAUGAUGCAAGAUGGGGGCGCGGCUCAAGGUGGUAUGGGCAUGAUGCAAGUCCAGGGAGGCGGAGGUUCUGACGCUGGAGGUGUCGGUAUGAUGCCGGACGGGUCGUUCGCUGGUGGUGCUGGUGGUGGCAUGAUGGGCAUGGGCAUGAAUGAGUAUGGAAUGCAGCAGGACCAGAUGCAGCAGAUGUAUCCUGGUAUGGAUGUGCAGCAAGGAGGGACGGGGAGAGGGACGCCUCUUGGGUUCCGCGGUGGUGCGCGUGGUGGCGCUCCAGGAGGACCAGCUGCAGCCGUGGCUCCCCGUGGACGAGGGACUUUCCCCGCUCGGGGACGUACUGGGCGGUACGAUGCCCCUCCUCAAGCUCCCGUCCGACCAGCUUCCCCACUCCCGCCCAACGUACCAACGGGUCCGCGAAAUGCGAACAAAUACAAGGACCGUGAUGGAAAUGCGCCGGCUGUGGAUGGGUUGGAUUACGGGGGAGGUAAAGACGGCAGGAGGACCCCUAGUUAUGAGCCAGAGGAACGGAGUUCCAGUCGAUACGGCCAUGACAGGAAACGAAGGAGUUCGCCUGGCUUGGACGAUCUUCGCAGUUCCAAGCGACGUUGA